AUGAAGCAGAUCUCCAGUCAGAGAAAAAAAAUUACAAACAACAAUGAGUUGAGGAUCGUGAUGGUGGGGAAGACUGGGAGUGGGAAGAGCGCUACUGGAAACACCAUCCUGGGUCAACUGUGCUUUGAAUCCAAAUGCAGCACCAAAUCCCUGACCAUUGACUGCUCCAAAGGCUCCAGUAAUGUGGAUGGACAGCAGGUUGCUGUCAUUGAUACUCCAUGUCUGUUUGACACCAGAUUURGAAAAGAUAAAACCAUCAAAGACCUGAGUAAUUGUGUCUCCUACGCUUCUCCUGGACCCCACAUCUUCCUGGUGGUCGUUGCAGUGGAAAGAUUCACAGAAGAAGAAAAACAAUCAGUGCAAAUGAUUCAAGAAAUCUUUGGAAAGGCAGCAGACAGAUACAGCAUGGUUCUGUUCACUCGUGGAGAUGCCCUUGAAGGCACCAUUGAGGAUUAUUUGUCUGAAACCCCAGAACUGAAGGAUCUGGUGUCCAGAUGUAACAACCAGUAUCAUGUCUUCAACAAUAAGCUGAAAGACAAGAAACCUCARGUCACUGAGCUGCUGAAGAAGAUCAGAACCAUUGUUGACAGGAAUGGAGGAAGUCACUACACCAAUGAGAUGUUCCAAGAGGCUGAGRGGRMRAUCGAAGAGGAGAAACAACAAAUCCUGAAGGAGAAAGAAGAAGAAAUACGUAAAGAGUAA